AUGUCCAACACCACUCCUGCCGGCAAUAUUGUUGUCAACACCACUCCUGCCGGCAAUAUUGUUGUCAACACCACUCCUGCCAGCAAUAUUGCUGUCAACACCACUCCUGCCAGCAAUAUUGUUGUCAACACCACUCCUGCCGGCAAUAUUGUUGUCAACACCACUCCUGCCGGCAAUAUUGUUGUCAACACCACUCCUGCCAGCAAUAUUGUUGUCAACACCACUCCUGCCAGCAAUAUUGUUGUCAACACCACUCCUGCCGGCAAUAUUGCUGUCAACACCACUCCUGCCGGCAAUAUUGUUGUCAACACCACUCCUGCCGGCAAUAUUGUUGUCAACACCACUCCUGCCGGCAAUAUUGUUGUCAACACCACUCUUGCCGGCAAUAUUGCUGUCAACACCACUCCUGCCGGCAAUAUUGUUGUCAACACCACUCCUGCCGGCAAUAUUGUUGUCAACACCACUCCUGCCGGCAAUAUUGUUGUCAACACCACUCCUGCCAGCAAUAUUGCUGUCAACACCACUCCUGCCGGCAAUAUUGUUGUCAACACCACUCCUGCCGCUUAUCCUGAUAGAUCUCUCUCUCCCGCAGGAAGCAAAGAGACAGCGUUCAUCUACGCUGUGACGUCGGCAGGGGUAGUACACGCCGUCACCCACGCCUGCUCCUCCGGCAACCUCACCGACUGCUCCUGCGACAUGAGCAAGCAGGGACUGUCUACUCCUGAGGGCUGGAAGUGGGGGGGCUGCAGUGACAACCUGAGGUUCGGGGUGCAGUUUGCCCGGCAGUUCGUCGACGCCCCGGAGAAGGAGCGCCAUAAGAAGUUCAAGAGGAGACGGAACUUGAUGAACCUGCACAACAAUGAGGCUGGCAGAGAGGCUGUGGCGAGACUGAUGAAGAUGCAGUGCAGGUGCCACGGAGUGUCUGGAUCCUGUGAACUCAAGACCUGCUGGCGAUCCAUCCCGACCUUUCCCGUCGUGGGCGACUACCUCAAGAACAAGUACAAGACCGCCCUCAGGUACAAGAGGAAGAAGCGGAGCAGCAGCAGUGGCCGCCGCGACUCCCGCAGGCGGCGGCGGCGACGCGGGCGACGCAAGCGGCGCUUCCUGGCCAGCAAGGAGGAGCUGGUCCACAUCCACAAGUCGCCCAACUACUGCGUCCAGAACCUCAAGAAGGGCAUCUUGGGCACCCACGGCCGCUUCUGUAACAAGACCUCCAACGGCGCCGACUCCUGCGACCUCCUCUGUUGUGGCAGAGGCUACAAUACCCAGGUGGUGAGAUACGUCGAGCGAUGCCACUGCAAGUUCGUGUGGUGUUGCCACGUCAAGUGUAAGACUUGCGUCACAAACGUCGAUGUUCACACCUGCAAAUAGCGAAGAAUUUUUUCUUCUUUCUGUUUGGACUAAUGACAGCAAGUUGGAAAAAAAAGGUAUAUUAACAUUUAUUUCAUUUCACUGAAACAUUGACUAUCUCCCAAGAAGUUAUUGAAUAUAUGAUCAGUGAGUAGGCCUAUGCAUGUGUGUCCAAUGUAUAUACAUGUGAGUAGGCCUAUACAUAUAUGGCCAGUGAGUAUACAUGAAUAUGAAAAAAGCAUAAUGUUAAUGGGAAUUAAUAGAGACGCUGAUGUAACAUAGGAAUUCAACAAAUGGAUAAAUGGUAACACAUACAGACACGUUUAUCUUUGGUUACGAAUAGUGUCUAAAAGGAGGAAUUCAAAGAUUUUAAUUAAAACUGAGAUGCCUAUUGAAUUAAAAGCAGAAUAGGGUUAGACCUUUCAGAAUGAUAAUUUAAUAAUAAAGGUGAAAGCAAAUAUAAAUAUAUUUAGAUUUCCAUAAUUCUGGGACGUUAGAAAUGAAUAAUUCUAUAUAUUUUAGAGAUAGUUUCGCCACUAGGCUCUACAUCAGUAUGAUAGUUCACCAAGCCUGUGGCUCUUUAGCCUUUAUGAUGAAGUUAGACUUUUUAAGCCACAAACAAUGUUUUAGACAGGAUAUAGUAUUUGGAUCCGAGCUUUUGAGAGCAUUUACUAGCAAGUUUGUUCGUAAUACAUACUUUCACAUGAAUCUCAAGUGUGUUCCCUCUUUUGUUGUCAUUUGUUUAACAAAGGUACUUGAUAUUCAAGUGCAUUUGGACAUUCAUACAUAUAUAUACACAUACAUACAUACAUACAUACAUACAUACAUACAUACAUACAUACAUACGUACGUACGUACAUACAUACAUACAUACAUACAUACAUACAUACAUACAUACGUACGUACGUACGUACAUACAUUCAUACAUACAUACAUACAUACAUACAUACAUACAUACAUAUUAAUUUUAUGAAAAUAGGAAAAGUACUUAUCAAACAUUUUUAUUGUAAUGUACGUUUUUUUUUCUUCAAAGAGUUGAGGAAUACUGUAGUUUUAUGUUUCAGAAUGAUUUUCCAUGUCUCGUGGAGUACUUUUAAGAAUAUGACAUGUACAUAUAUAUUCCUGAGUGGUGAGCAUGUUCUGAUCUAAGAUGUUUUGAUGAUCACCCAUAUAUAUAUAUGCUGCCUAAGCAAUAUGAUAAAAAAACAAAAAAAUUGUGAUAACUUCAUUGGAUAAUGAAACAUUUUGGCCAAAUAUUCCUUGAAGUUAAGAAGGAGGAAUCUUAACCUCUGUUUUCCUGUGUAAGACAAAUGAAACGUCUAGACUCUCCUUCUUGACAGACCUCAUAAUGAAUGAUACGAAAAGGUAAUGUCUGUUUCUAAACUAAUGUCAUGUGAAGAAAGGAUUAAAAUAUUUUCUGACACGAGUAACUGAUCAAAAUAUAUUGUGCCAUGGUAACAGAUGAUCAAAGGUAUUUCCACAUGACAUAAGAAAUGCUGAUCAAAAUAUUUUAAGUAUGAUAUAGAACGUCCUAAAAAUAUUUUCCAUGUGACAUAUGAAUAAUUCAUCAAAAAUAUUUUCCAUGUAAAUUAAAUUGCAAUAAAAUUGUAUUCAGUGUAAAUUAUAUUGCAAUAAUACUAUAUUACAUGUAUCCUCUUUCGCAAUAAGACUAUGUUACAUGUAAACUAUAUUACAAUAAUAAUAUAUUACUUGUAAACUAUAUUGCAAUAAUACUAUAUUAUGAUGUUUGAACAUAACUAGCUAUGAUUGGAAGUCUUACCUCAUAUUAAUGGUGUCCUGUGUAUAGUGUACUCCCUUCAUCAGUGUUAGUUUCAUAAACUAUGCUGGGUUUGUAUAUAAUGUGAUGUCUCUUUAUUUUUUUUGCUUUCCUCAUGCCUACUUGCAGAUAUCUUAUAUUCUACAGAUAUCUUCAUAUCUUAAAUAUAUAGGAUAUGAAUACUGUAUUCUAGUUUUAGCCAAGGAAUUAACAUUUACUGAUUGCAGCAUAGGUGCAUACACACACAGAAAAAAAAUCAUGAUUCAGUAAUAAACAUUUUAAUAUUCACUAGACUUUGGGAACUGUUCUGAAACUAGAAUUUUUUGACCUGGUUAAAUGCAAUUAAGAGAUUGUACAUUAAGAAAAUAUUCACUUCAUUAGAAUUGUAUUAUUAUUUUUUAUUUGUUAUCUAAUCAGUCACAUUAUAUUUUGUAAUAAAUGUCCUAGCUUGAUUUAACACUAUACCACAAAUUACAAAAAAUUAAUUAAAUAGGAAAUUUUCAUGAUAAAUGUAAAUACAAAUGGGUCUUUACUAAAAUCAAAAAGACAUAUUGUCAUGACAGCUAGUUGUCUUAAAGUAUCUUCACAUGAUAUUUAUAUCAUGUUAUAUAAUCAAUGUCUUAAUUAUAACUCUUUUAUGUGAAAUCGCUUGGAUUUUUUUGUAUCAUUUAUCUCUCCAAGAAUCAGAUUCAAGUGUGUUGCCAAUGCACCACACGAACGUCCACUUUCUUAUCGUCAUAGAGAAUUAUUUUUGUAUAAUGCCUUUGCAGUAUAUUUUUUCUUAUAUCAGAAAAUUGUAUCAUAAAUAUUGUUUUCCAUACACACACUCACUCACUCGCACCUCUCACUCCACUUACUCUAUUCAUGCCUCAUUCACUCACAUGCGCAAUCUUCUCUCUCCUCUGUCUGUCUGUCUGUCUGUCUGUCUGUCUGUCUGUCUGUCUGUCUGUCUGUCUGUCUGUCUGUCUCUCUGUCUCUCUGUCUCUCUCUCUCUCUCUCUCUCUCUCUCUCUCUCUCUCUCUCUCUCUCUCUCUCUCUCUCUCUCUCUCUCUCUCUCUCUCUCUCUCUCUCUCUCUCUCUCUCUCUUUCCCUCUUCCCUCUCCCUGAAACACACACACCUAUAUUUGAUAUUAUUUCAUGGUAAAACAGUUCAAAAGCAAAUAUUUCAUGUGAGCAAAUAAUCGUGUACACCAGUGACGGACAUUUGAAGCUAUUUGUUUGAAAUUUAUUUGUAAACAGUAUUACAUUUGGUUCUACAUUUUGAAUAAAGAAUUUAUUUGUGAUUAAUUUUGUCCGAAUAAACUCAUCAUAAUUUACAGCUAAAAAACACAUUUAAAAGUAAAGAUAUGUUUAUUUAGGUUGUACGUAGACUUUAUGAUAACCUAAACACUGGGAUUAUUGUAUUCACUGAAGGUAGCUAUUGUUAAUCUUAUGUGCUAGACAGUUAUAAACAAUUAAAAUAAAGUUUUGUAGUCUUCAAUAAUAACAACUCUAGUCAUUUUAUUUGUUUAUAAUGCUGAUGAUCAUCAGUGUCUGUCAAAUCUGACUCUCGUCUUGUCUGGGAUAUCUUAAUUGCUCCCUAAGGUAAUAAUUAACUGAGAAUUAAACCACACACCUGAAGAUGAGGAGACGUUGACGUUUCGGGCCGUCCUGGACCAUUUUUAUCCAGUCGAUUGUGUAAUAAUCAAUUGUUUCAGUAGGGACAACAGCAGCAACAGCAGCAUGUGUUGAGACAGGAAGGCGUUCUGGGACCUGCCGGUGCCAUGGAAAGCCUCUCAAACGCCACCAUGCCCGGCCAUAAUAGAAGUUCAGAACUCAAUUGUUCUCUAAGAUCAUCCUCACUGACACCUCCAAUGUGCCUUUCUGGCCAUUUACACUUAGCCAUUAACAGAUGGCAACGUUUUAAAACACAACAUUUUUUCCCCCCAUUACUGUCUAGUGACUCGUUUCACUAUACACAAUGGAUCAAAACUUAGCUCGUAAACAAGGCGGUGACAAGGGGGCCGACUGCUAAACUCCUUAGUGCCCUCUCUGAUGCCAAGUAAAGACAUCAAAGCAUUUUUAAAGAUGAUCUAUAUUUUAGCAUUUUACCGACUCAAAUUGUAUGGUAUUUGCCAGUGGUCCCAAGUACCAAUGUGACUCUGUAAGAGUGCUGACGUUCUCUGUGGCGCCGGUACCAGAAGCAGGCUCUUCCUGGCUUUGUCAUAGUUAAUACUUAGACAGCGGAAUCUUACCUUAGGAAGCAUGAGCGAAAUACUCAGAAAGAGGCUUUUCAUGUACAUUUCAAGCCAACGUUAUGUUAAUAGGCUUUUCCUGUACAUUCAAAACGUAUUUUAUAAUAAUUGUUCAUGUAUAUUGAAAGCCUAUUAUAUGCAAAAGGCUUCUGUAUAUUCAAAACAUUUUUAAUGUAAUUUGAUUUCAUGCACAAUUAAAGCCUAUUUUACGUAAUAUACUAAUUGGCGGUUUAACCUCAUUCUUCAAAGUCUUGAAGGCCACAGUUCUCGGAGAUAAGAAUACUGAAGCAUCCCUGCGGCAUAUGGAACCCAAUAUGUCUUAGAUGGUCAAGGAGUAAUUCAGUGACCUCAAUUUUUUUUCUAAAUGCUAAAUAAAUUGCGAUACUUAUGAUAUGUACACUAUCAAAAUGUCUUAUUUAUGACACUUAUGCAAUGUUUAGCUGCAAAAAUAUAUAAUACUCUUGAGUAUAUAUAUAUAUAUA